AUGUCCGCGCCAACAUCCAACAGAACUCAUGGCGAGUACACCGUUGGAUGGGUGUGUGCUCUCCCGAAAGAACAGACCGCAGCCACGGCUAUGCUGGAUGAGAAGCAUCCCGAUCUCCCCAAUCCUUCAACCGAUCCCAACACAUACACACUUGGCUCUAUUGGAAAGCACAAUAUUGUUAUAGCCUGCCUCCCUAAGGGCCAAAUUGGUAACAACCAGUCGGCAGAUGUUGCUUCCCGGAUGAUAUCCACUUUUCCAUGCAUCAAGUUCGGGUUGAUGGUCGGCAUUGGGGGCGGUGUUCCACCUAAAGUCAGGCUUGGCGAUGUGGUUGUCAGUACGCCGGUCGGCCAAUUUCCUGGUGUUGUGCAAUGGGAUCUUGGUAAAACAAAAGAGGGGGGCUUUGAGCGGACUGGGUCAUUGAAUAAUCCUCCGACUUGGCUGUUAACAGCUCUGACGAAAUUGGAGACGGAACACGAAUUGACCGGAUCAAAGAUACCAGAGUAUCUUCUGCAGCUGAAGGAGAAAUGGCCGAGACUGGUAAAUAAGUAUUUGAGGUCUGAUUUGCUUGAGGAUGUUCUGUUCAAAGCAACUUAUAGCCAUGUCGCGGCUCGGGAUGUUCCUCUUGACGGGCAUGAAGACGAGGGAGACAGCGAGGAAGAAGAAAGCUGUUCAUUCUGCGACAGAAAUGAGAUUGUGAAAAGGAAGCCAAGAGAGAUGCGGGUGCAUUUUGGUCUUAUCGCAUCUGGUAACCAAGUAAUCAAGGACGCCGCCUUCCGAGAUAAACUGAAAAAGUACCUUGGUGGUCAUGUCCUCUGUGUCGAAAUGGAAGCGGCUGGUCUGAUGAACAACUUCCCAUGUCUUGUGAUCAGAGGAGUCUGUGAUUAUGCAGACUCACACAAGAACAAAGAUUGGCAAGAGUAUGCAGCUGCAGUGGCUGCGGGAUUGGCAAAGGAGCUUCUUGGAUAUGUACAACCGAGUGAUAUUGAUGCGGAGCGUCCAGUGAAGGAUAUUCUGGGCAGAGUCCUCGAUAAUAUGGAUAGAAUUGGGGACGAUGUUGAAACAGUGAGAUCCAGGUUGGAUAAAAGAGAGGACAUGAAGGUGCUUAAUUGGCUCACUCCUUUUGACUACGGACCCCAACAAAGUGAUUUGCUCAAAAGGCGAGAACCUGGAACUGGUCAGUGGCUAUUGAACUCCAAGGAGUAUCAAACCUGGCUGAGUUUGGCCAAACAAACGUUGUUCUGUCCCGGAAUCCCCGGAGCGGGAAAGACCAUCCAGACCGCAGCAGUCGUCGACCACCUAAAUACACAUUUUCACUGUGACCGAUCUGUUGGCAUUGCAUAUGUCUACUGCAAUUUUCGACGGCAAAAUGAACAAAACCUCGAUGACUUGAUCGCAAGCAUUUUGAAGCAACUGAGUCAAGACCUGCCCUCGCUGCCAGGUAGCCUGGUUAAUCUCUACAGUAAGCAUAACAGUCGAUUGACGCGGCCAUCUUUUGACCAAUUAUUGAAGGUUCUCCACUCAGUGGUGGCGGGCUAUUCAAGGGUGUUUAUUCUUGUCGAUGCCCUUGAUGAGUGUCAAGCAGAUAAUGAAUGUCGUUCUAGAUUCAUUUCGGAGAUCUUUACCCUCCAGGCUCACUGUGAAGUGAAUAUUUUCGCAACAUCAAGAUUUAUUCCGGAGAUUAUCACCAGGUUCAGCCAAGGAACAAUGUUAGAGAUUCGUGCAAGUAGCCAAGAUGUCAGAAGGUAUCUUGAGGGUCAUAUGGGACAGCUACCGGCGUUUGUCAGGAGAAACCAAGAGCUUCAACAAGAGAUCAAAACCAGAAUCUCAUGCGCCGUUGACGGGAUGUUCCUUCUAGCCCAAAUCUACCUGGGGUCACUUUAUGAUAAGCCAACACCAAAAGCUAUCAAAAAUGCCCUAAGCCAGUUCCAGCGCCAAAGCCGCAGGAUAGACGAGGAAGGCAAACUCGAGUUGCUGAGACAAGCAUACGAUCAAGCAAUUAACAGAAUCAAUGGACAAAAAAGUGGCUUUCGGGAACUUGCAAAUAAAGCUCUGGCAUGGAUCAUCAAUGCACAGAGGCCACUUACCACUUCAGAGCUCCAACACGCCCUUGCUGUAGAAGUCGGUGAGCCCAAACUGGAUGAAGAUAACUUGCCAGAGAUUGCAGAUUUGGUUUCCGUUUGUGCUGGCUUAGUCACCGUCGACGAGGAAAGCGACAUCAUCCGGCUGGUCCACUACACUACGCAGGAGUACUUCGAGCGAACACAACAGCAUUGGUUUCCAGACGCAGAGAUCUAUAUCACCAAAGUUUGCGUUUCUUACCUCUCAUUUGAUAUCUUUGAGAGUGGGGAAUGCCAAACAUUGCAUGAAAUGCACGAGAGGAUGCAGUUCAAUAAGCUGUACAGCUACGUGGCACGAAAUUGGGGAAGCCACGCUGGGAAAGCUUCAGCUCUUUGCCCAGAGGUUAUCUUGUUUCUCAAUUCUAAGCCAAAGGUAGAAGCAGCAGGGCAAGCCUUGAUGUACCUCAUCGGAGACAGGUACUACCUACCGAACAAUACAGAAAUGAAAAGGCUUCACUUAGCAGCAUUUUUCGGGCUUACGCAGGCAAUCGAAGCUCUGCUCCAGAAUCCAGUCAAAGCAGAUACAAAAAGCCCUGCUAGCCAAAGUGAAAAAAGGGAUGAUCUGGAAUAUGACGAAACUUUGGAUGGUCAGACACCGUUGUCAUGGGCAGCAAUGAGGGGACAUGAAGCAGUAGUCAGGCUACUACUCGAGAAAGGGGCUAGCCUUGAGUCUAAGGACAGGAAUGAUCAAACAUCGUUAUUAUGUGCAGCAUCGAGGGGAGAUGAAGCAGUAGUGAGACUGCUACUCGAGAAGGGCGCCGAGCUUGAAUCUAUUGACAAUUAUAAUCGAACACCAUUAUCACACGCAGUAAGUUACGGUCAUGAAGCAGUGGCCAGGCUCCUACUCGAGAAGGGGGCCAGCCUUGAGUCUAAGGAUAGGAAUGAUCAAACACCAUUAUUUCGGAGUAGCCACCAGAAGCGCACAGAACGCGCUACUUUCAACGCUUCCCUUAAUGUUGUUCAGGCUAAGGACAGUGGUGAGAACACCGCUGUCUCGCCGCACUCCUGGGCCUUGCUGGAUGCCGAAGUCUCGUCGGACACUGUAGUCCGGACGGACAAUGUGUACUGGACUCUGCAGUGUCGCCUAACACUGCAAUUCUGA